GCUGAGUGUAGCUCUCGGGCUUCCUGAACGGGUUUUCGAAUUAUUUGCCUAUUAUUGCCUGCCUCCAUCAUGUUUGGAAAGAGCUUCCCGUUCUAUAAUUCUGUCGCCGGGUUUUAUCCACGUGGUAAUUGCUGUCCCUAUGAUCUUCUGACCUCAUGUUGCUGGGCUACAAUGCCGCUGGCGCUAUGUCCUGAAAUCAUGCCUGCCUUCUGUGCAUUUCCAUGUUGAUGUUUUUUUUUGAGGGGGAGACCCUGACCCUUGACAUCCGAUUGGCUGAUGGACUCUCACCGUGAGGAGUAUCGAGUAUAUGGGUGCUAACAUGAUUCUUACAUAUCAAGAGAGCACGGAUUCGCGAAGGCCGCCGGGGACCGGUUACACGAGUAAAGUACGAGUGCGUGAUAGAUACCACAUUGUGGGGUUCAUUAGCAGCGGUACUUACGGGCGAGUGUACAAAGC